AAGAACGUUGUGUUUUUUUGAAGUAAAGCAGAAGAGGUAGCUGGCAGAAGAAUCUAGAAGGAAAAGUAAAACACACCUGGCUAAGUUGUGUCACUCAGUACAACGAAGGUACAGCGGUUACUGUCAAAAGUAAACAAAAUGUGACCCCAGUUUGUGCUCAUGAUGUUCAUCAUUGGCCGAUCAUCUCCAUGAUAUGAUGGAUUUGUCAGAAAUGGAGACGAUGAACAUGGAGUCUGACAGCUCUUCUAUUGGGGAUGCAGUGUCUGGCAGAGGGCAACAGAGUGCGUCCAGGGAUGAUGACGAGUUGUACAUCCCAGAGAGAAGACCAUCUCUGGACCUGGGACAGAGUCCAAUGGACACCAACCACUGGUUUUUUAUGGACCGUGCCCAGUCUCCAGCUCAGAGCUACAAGUCAAUGACCAGUGAUGGCUUCGUAGAAAUGUAUGAUGACAUUGAAUCUCCCACAAGGAUUCAACUGGCCAGAACAGAUUCAUACUCAAGCUGCUACUCCUGGGACAGUGAUGAUUGUGAAAAGAGAAUCCUCAAGGUUAAAAUCAAAGAAGAGACUGUCUCAGAGCACCCCGACACACCUGAGGAAAUCCAAGACUCAAAUGAGUUUAAUCAUCCUUCUGUGACAGUGAAAUUCACUUUCGAGGCGAUCAGUAACACCCUUGGGAAAUUGUCCGAGAGAGCCCUCACAAAAUUCAAGACGAUGUUGUGCACGCGCUACCCACGGUCAUUCCACGCGGAUGUGCAAUACAUGGACAUGGUGAACCUCGUGGACCGUUUGCUCGAGUGCUACAGUCUUGCGUCUUUGAAUAUCACCGUGGCCAUUCUAGAGGAGAUGGGGCAGAAGAAAAUGGCUGCUGAUCUCCGGAACGUGUGCGUGAGAAAUGAAGUACAUUAUGAUUUAUGUGAGACUCUAAAGCGGGAAUAUGGUGAAAUGUGUGUGAAUAUGGACGGACGAGAAGAGAGGAGGCCCUUUGACGAUAUCUAUGCUAAUCUCUACAUUAGCUCAACAUGUGACAAUGGCCCAAAUAUUGAACAUGAGGUCAUGACCAUAGAAAAACUGGAUUCUAACCAGGAGCCGGGGAAACAGCUGUCGACUGAGGAUAUUUUUACAACAAAAACGAUAGAGUGGUCCAGCAAAAAGUUAAUGUUGAUGACAGGAGUGGCAGGUUCAGGAAAGUCCAUGGCGGUCAGAAGGUUAAUUCUGGAUUGGGCUAAAGGACAGUCUCAUCACGACGUGUCCUUUGUUUUUCCUCUUUCACUCAAAGAACUUAAAAAGUUUGAGGGUUUUACGAUCUCCCUUUUAGAAAUAAUACAAACACUUUACCCAGAAACAAAAAAACUGAAGGAUGGGGAUUUUAGAUGUGAAGACUGCAAAAUAAUGUUCAUCCUUGAUGGAAUUGACGAGUACAAUGAGGUGCUCGACUUUUAUAACACCACGCUCCUCAGUGACCCCACGAGUCCCGCCACCCUGAACAUCAUUGUGGUCAAUCUCCUCAGAGGGAGGCUGGUCCACCACGGUCUGCUCCUGGUCACCUCUCGGCCACAAGUACAGUCCUGCAUUCCAUGGGAUACGCACUACGAUGAGAUGGAAGUGCGUGGGUUCUGUGACCCUUACAAGGAUGAGUACUUUUAUAGAAGAUUUAAAGACCCAAAUCAAGCAGCACAGGUUGUUGCCUAUAUCAACUCCUUCACAACGCUCCGCAUCAUGUGCCAUCUGCCCUUGUUCUGCUCGCUAAUUGCCGAUGAGUGCGAUCGCGUGUUUAGAAAGCAGGGGACACGGACAGAGCUGCCCAGGAGCAUCACUUACAUGUACACAAAGCUAAUGCUCGAACUUGCACAGAGGAGGAGAGGUCCAGAGUGUAGCUCGCAUAAAAAGCGAGACCUCCUCAUGAAUCUUGGAAAAAUGGCACUCGAAUUGUUGGAGCAACAAAAGUUCAAGGUGGCCAUAUAUGACUGGAAAAAUACUGAAAUGGAGGAGGAGGCGGUGAAUAACAGCGGCCUGUGUAUGGAGUACCUCACAAGACCGCUCAUUCUGUUUGAUGAGAAAAUGCUGAGCUUUAUCCACCCCACUGUGCAGGAGUACAUGGCUGCCCUGUAUGCAUUUCUCUCCUUUACAAAUGACGGCAAGAACAUUUUUGAGGAACAACUGAAAGGAAAAGGAAAGUUCAGGGGGAUCUUCAAGGUACCCAAAGUCACUGACCUCUACAAGGGCGCUGUGGACAGAAGCCUGUCCUGUGCUGACGGCAAACUGGACAUUUUUCUACGUUUCCUGUGUGGAAUGGCAUGUAGGACCAACCUGGAGCUCCUCCAGCCAUUUCUCACCUCUUCUGCACACCAGUUGGUGGUUGAAGAUGUCGCUACUCACAUCGGGAAGAGGAUGAGAGAGAAUAGGUUUCCUGGCAGGAAUGACAAUUUGCAGUGUUGCUUGGCGGAGUUGGGUGUGUAACUUCACAACACAAAGAACAAUAUAAAGAACAAAAUGUCCUUUGAAUCUGCUACUGACUUGAAAGAAAAUAAUGGAGAACAUGAUCCCCUCCUUCCUCAGUCAACAUGUGCACUACGUUGAACAUGAGUUGGAGCCAUAAUCAUCUUUUCCUGUCCUCAGUCACACCCACAGAUGUGUUAACAGAAAAUGGAGAUGUUAUGAUUAAAUGUGUGUUAAAAGGGCGAGUGUGCAACAUUUGGGGGAGUUUAUUUAAGCAGACAUAUUUUGAUAUGUUUACGUAAAAACAAAGAGUGACUUCUGAAGCAAAUGGAGGGCUGAGUGGAAGAGUCCUCAGUCUGUUGCAGUCUGCAGUCACACCAUUAGAGGUCACUAAUUCUUAUGCACUUGACCUUUGAUGUCCAUCAGUGUGAGUUUUGUUCUGCUUUCAGGAUGUUGAUGUACACUAUCGAUUAUUGCUUGGGCUGCCAGUUUGGGCUCGACAUGAUCUACUAUUUCAAUCACUUUAAAUAUGCACCGUUAACACACAAUCCUGAGGAUUAUGGUGUACGGCUUGAAAUAAAAGGUGCCAUAAUAUAUAGGGAAAUGACUUUGGGGUUUUAUGUGCAUUGAACACUUUAGCUUUGCGUUCUUAGAGUGUAUAUAUACUCAUGUGCUACAACAUUAUACAAGUUAAAGAUGGAAUACUAUCAGCGCAUGUACAACAAAGCAACUGAUGGAGAAUUCUCUUCAUAUCCUGCACUGGAAAGACUUGUACCGUUGUAUCAUAGUCAUGUAAAUAAAUGACAUUAGUUGAGAUUGUU